UCGCAGAAAUUAAAAAGUAAUACGAAAAUUAUCCGCAAAAUUAUGGUAUAUUAAAAAAUAAAAUAAGUGGUUUUUUAAAUUUUUGUAGUUGUUUUUGAUUUUCUAAAAAACUAUUUGUCCGCCAAAAUUGAAAAUUAGUCCGCAAAAUCACGCAAAUUAUCCGCAAAAUAAUGUAUAUAACAAAAUUCAAAAAAUCGCAAAUGUACAUGCUGUUGAAAUGGAGCUCCAACUAUAUUUAGCUUCAACGCUGUUGGUCAUUGCAUACGCGAUUGUUGGACGCAUGGACAUCGACUUUGAAACUGAACCUAUAGGUAAUGAUAGAAAUGGUAAACCAGUAUUUUUGAUAAAUAUUUGGCCAUCUAGAGCAUUGAUCCAAGCUGUUGAAAAACAAAGUGUAAUUCCUGCAAUGUUCCAAGAUGUCUAUGCUUGCAUUGAAAAUGGUUCUAAUGCUUGGCAAUGUUUACAAGCCCCAGACGGCCAAAUAUACCCAUGGGAUGUAUCAUCUAUUUACAUAAAAAACCCUCCGUUUUUCAAUGGCAUGACAAAGACAUUACCUGGUGUUCAAUCAGUGAAAGGGGCCCAUGUAUUAUUGUUUCUUGGUGAUUCUGUAACAACUGAUCACAUUAGUCCAGUUGGUAGUAUUGCAAGAAAUAGUUCUGCAGCUCGUUAUUUAGCUUCGAGAAAUAUCACUCCUAAAGACUUUAACUCGUAUGGCUCAAGACGUGGAAAUGAUGAUAUUAUGACUAGAGGAACGUUUGCUAACAUACGAUUAGUAAAUAAGUUGGUGAAGAACACUGGACCAAAAACAUUGCACAUUCCUAGUGGACAAGAGUUGAAUGUCUUUGAUGCAGCUCAAAUUUAUGCUAAAGAGGGAAGACCGCUCAUUGCUAUUGUUGGCAAAGAUAAUGGAUCAGGUUCAUCAAGAGACUGGGCAGCAAAAGGACCGUUUUUACUGGGAAUUAAAGCUGUGAUUGCUGAAUCUUACGGACGUAUUCAUCGUUCCAACUUGGUUGGUAUGGGAAUAAUUCCAUUGCAAUUCCGUUCCGGAGAAAAUGCUGAAACAUUAAAACUUACUGGUCAUGAAAUAUAUGACAUAGAUAUUCCACAAAACUGAAAACCAUUGCAAGAAAUCCAAGUGAAAACCAACACAGGUGUUGAGGUGUCACAUUCAAUGCCAUUUUGCGUUUUGACACUGAAGUGGAUAUACUAUAUCAUAAACAUGGAGGCAUUUUUAACUAUAUGAUAAAAAAAAAUGCUUUAGAAUCAAUAAUUUAAUCUGUGAAUGAAUAUUAAUAAAAUUUAUAUAUAAAUAAAUAUUAA